CUUUUUUUUGGCCAAAGCAAAUGUACAGUUUUUGUACUAAUAAGAUGCAAAAUUGAUUUGCACGAAACUUUUUUUGUGAAGGUUAUCAGAAAAUUUUAAGAAAGAAACUAGGGUUCCAAAAAUAAACAAUUCUGUAUGAAUUCUAUCAAGUUUUUAUAUUCAUAAGUCUUUCUAUUUUCUCCCCAAUAAUAAAGCAGGUAAAAAGGUGUUCUUUUUUGGGUCGGGAAAAUCCAAACAUGAUUAAACAUCCUAUUCCUUCAUCUCCAUUUUCUGCUUAGGUCGAUUUGAUAGAGAACUCUGUCCUCUAAUAUAUAACCCAAUUCGAAAAUUUACAUUAUUUGGGCAAAAAGACUUGUCUUUUUCCCAGCUGUGAACCCUCUUGUUCUUCACCUGAUUGGUUGCCUUGUUGUAUCAUUCGACCCAAUUGUUCUUUUUUUUUUUUUUGCCCUUUUGGUGAUAUAUACCAAACACAUUGGAUCGAGACCCACCUUUUUUAAAAAAAAAAAAUUACUAAAGAUUUCAUUUUUUCGAUCCAUCAACAGUGUUCGCGGGCAGAUGUAUCUUUGUUGAAUUCAGGUUCAAUUAGUUGUACAAGUUGCUGUAUUUCCUCUUGGAUGAGACACGAAAAGCCAAAUGUUUGUGUGUGUAUGUUGGAAAUAGGAGUUCUUUGAGUGAUGUUGUAGUUUUUGCACUAACCGGAAAUGAGCAGAUCUGCAUCAUUUUUGGUGAGAUCAGAAGCUGAUUUAAAAGUAGAUGAAAAAUCUCUACAGCAAUGGGUUGUUGGCUUCUGUAUUAUUAGGUUUGAUCUUGAACAGGGACAGCUUAUUGAAGAAUGUUAUCCAGCGGGCUGUCUAACUCAUAAUGAGGAGCUUGAAGUUGCCUUUAGCUCAUUUCCGGAUUCGGUUUCUCAGAAUCAUAACCGAUCAAGCAUCCAUGACUGUAUCUUUUUCUUCCGUGUCCGGAGGCAGGGGAAUCCUCAAGUGGCACAUCUGCCUUCAUCCGAGAUAGUGGAAGUAAAUAAUACACAAGCAUCCCAAAUGACAGCCAGUGAUAAGGUGCUUAAACAAAGGAGUAAAAUUCAAACAGGGGUGAACUCAAGAUAUUUGUACGGGUUCGUGUUUAAUAGACAGAGACACGAUGAAAGGCUAAAACGGGGUGGUGAGCAAAAAUCCGUGGUAAUUCUUUCUCACAACCCAUUCUCUAGUGUUUUUCGACCUUUGCUGCAGAUCAUGGGCCCAUUGUACUUUGACAUUGGGAAGAAAGCCCUCAAUUUCAUUGCUUCUUAUGUAUCAAUGUGGCCUGUUCCUGUACCUGGUCAGUUAAUGGAGCUUCCAAUUGGAAAUGCUACUCUUAAAGUGAACUUGCCGCCUGCCCAUUGUAUGCCUUUGGAUUGUGGAGUACUUUUUGAAGAGUUGGCUUCUCCAAUAGCCCCAUUUCUUCCUUCCAGUCAAUCAGUUCCACAAGGUCUUUUCCAUGAUGCAGAUCUUUUUGGGACAUUUAGGGGGCUUUUAAUGCAGCUUUGGAAGUUAUGGGAAUUGUUACUUAUUGGAGAACCCAUUCUUAUCAUAGCGCCAACACCACCUCAGUGCUGUGAAGCUGUUGCUGGUCUGGUUAGUCUGGUCGCUCCGCUUCUGUGUAGCAUUGAUUUCAGGCCUUACUUUACUAUUCAUGAUCCCGACUUUGCUCAUUUAAACUCCCUUCAAGAAGGUGCUGCUUUUCCUCCAAUGAUUUUGGGUGUGACAAACCUCUUUUUCUUGAAAUCCCUUCGAAGAAUUCCACACGUCUUAUCAGUUGGAAAUCCUGUCAUGAAUGCAGCUCGACUUCCAUUUUCUGCUAGAGCUUCAACCGGUAGAAUUCCAGCUGGACCUGAAGGACUUAGUCUUCCCAGUCUUUCCUUGAAUAGGUUUACACCAUCAAAUUUUUUGAAUGCUAUGAAGUUGAGGAGAGAUGGUCCACUCUGCCUGAUGACUGAGCACAAAGAAGCCUUUUGGAGCAGUUAUGCUCCAAUUACAAAACCAGACACUUCAAUCUUGAAUAGGCUAAUUGAUGCAGGUAUGUCACCCAGGGUAGAGGAAUCAAUGUCAGUUGUUAAUAACGACAUACUUCGUCGGCACUUCUUAGAGCUGACAACCAACUUCUUGGCCCCAUUCGGCCCAUAUUAUAGACCAACAACACCUUCUGAAGGAUCUUCCCCGUAUGUUGAUCCUCCUCCGCUACCCACAUUUAAUGCCGAGGACUUUCUCACUAGCUUGUCAGUACGGGGUCCUGGAAAGUUUCUGUUGAAGAGGAUGAAAUCCAACUGGCUGGACCUUUACAGACGGUUUCUGAAAGGGCACAACUUUUUGCCGUGGUUUCAACGAAAGCGUGCUGUUGCUGAACAAGAACAGUAUAGGCUGUGGAGGCAAGCUAGAAUGAGGGCUGACAUACAACAUUUUAUAUCUAGAAUGUCUGAGUUGGAGAUAGUUGAUACUUUCAAUGCAAUUGAAAGGCAUCUUCUUGGAGAGUUACAGUCCACCACUCUUGAAGAAGGUUCUGAUGCCACUAGCAGCAAACUAAGGGAGGAUCUUCAGGCAGUGUUUCAUGUCCUCCCAAAGGACAUGCAACAGCUUAUGCUAAUGAAUCCUGAGAGGGCAGCACUUGUACGAGAUGAUGAGCUUCCCUCUAUAUCAACCAGAUGACAAGAGCUUAUGAGCCUAAGAUUUAAUCAGACAGCUGAGUUGAGAGUUCUAUGGUGCCACCAGAAGAUGUAGAAUCAGUCAUGUCCUCUUCUUCGCUGUAAAUUCUUGCAGGAGCUGGACUUCUCAAUGAUCUGCUGCAAGAUUACUUUGGCAAAGAACUAUUAUCUAUUGAAGCUGUUCCGGUGUACUGAGAUCACAUUCUUCUUCUGAAUUGGUAUUUGAAUUUUUCCAGAGAAUUGAUUCUUAUAUGAUGUUUCGGGAUGAAUAGAUGUCUGUUUAACUUACUAUUGAAAGGGAAAACUAUUUCCAGAUAUAAGAGAAACAAGUUAUGAGCCCUUGUGUUGUAAAACUCCAGCUUUUUUCUAUUUUAUUCUUUCUCAAUGAUGGUGUCCCUCUUUGGUUU